CAGCAAGUACUUAUUUGCAGCUGUACAUAAAUAAAAAACCCCGAAUGACGAUAAAACGCUUCAAAUGUGACUUCAGUCCAGAGGUCACAACAUGUCUCAAGCUCGGUGAUAACGUGCGUCCUGAUUGCUGUCACGUUCAUGAUCCCAUACCGUACGAUGCCGAGUGCUUUCUCAAGGACAUCAGCAAAGAAACUCACAUGCUGUUCUCGCGGCACAACAGCAUGUUCGAAAAACGCAAGCGCCUUAUGGAGCUGGCGUUACCGACUCGUCGCAUGUGUCAGUUUGUUCCCAAAUGCCCCUGCCGAUUUCAAAAGACCAUUGAAAUAGUCCACGCCGAUCCACCAAUGUACACACGCACCGAACAACUAGCUCUGCCACUUGUCAGACGCCUGCAAGUUCGAAGGGAAGAUGCUCUAGUAAAGGGGGACAAGAUAGCUGAGAUCAUUUUGAAUCGCUGGCUUCGCUCUAGUUAUCUAUCGUUGUACAGUCGCUUGAACAAUAAACAGCCGAUGCAGAGGCCUCCCAAACGCCAGAAACUGGACAAGAAGCAGAAAGCUAUUAAAGCAAAAUAUUUUAAUACGAUGGCCAAGCCUAGGGAAGUUCCCGAGCCUCCCGAGCCGGACCGCAAGGUGGGUGAAGUUAAUCCACGUCGGCUCAAGAAGCUGUCACGUCCCAGGAAGCGUAUCGAGGACACUAAGGCUCCAUGGGAGUUCACGAAACAAAUGAAAUUCUACAAGCCGACUGAGCGCAUCCAAAGAAUUGCCAAGCCCCUCAUACGUGAAAACGUUCACAUUAAAGAGGAGCCCGAAAAGGUCUCCCGUAACGCCCUCCAAUAUAAAGCUAGUGCACGUAUUAAGGAGAUGUCGCAGCCAUUACAGACCCACGAUCGUAAUGCAGCUACUAUUGAGGUCGCUGAUGAUCCGUUCAGCAUAUCGCCGAAUGCGCUCAAGUACAAGGCAUCGUCACGCAUCAAGGAACUGGCUGAGCCGAGGGAGUUCGAGAACACUCACAUACGCGAAAAUCCUUUCGCCAUUUCCCCGGCAGCACUCAAGGCCAAGGCCACUCCACGGCUCAUCGAAUUGGCCAAGCCGAAGGGUAGUUAACAAUCCGUUGUCUCAUGUUCUGUUUUGGUUAUUCCUUCUAUUUUUUUUGUCCUUAUAUUUUGUUUUGGCUAAUAGUAUAUGUAUAUUAAAUGUUUUCCGCAAAUCUA